CCUUCUUCCUAAAAAAAAACCAGUCUUCUUUUUAUGCUUCAUCCCUUUCAUUUUUACUCAAAACUGGUAUGACAGUGAGAUACUUCAUCCCAUCAAACCUGAAUCUCUCUCCAACCUCCUCACUCUCUCUCCCUAUAUUCAAAAUGGACUCCCAAACCUCCGACAAAAUCCGCCUCACUGUCACCGAAAUCCUCAAUUCCUCCGACAUCGAUUCCCUCACUGAGCAACAGGUCCGACAUCUCGCCUCCGAUAAACUCAACCUCGACCUCUCCGGCUUACCCCAGAAAAUCCUCGUUCGUCAAACCAUUGAAUCUUUUUUGCUUUCUACCCCUGACGACCACCCUCAAAACGACGGCGUUUUGCCUCCUAACUUACCCGUCACCGCCAUUAAUGCACCUCACAAAGAAACAGCGGUUGAUCAAGAAGACAAGAAGCCUGCUGAGUCAUGUCAUGUCAUUUGCAAGUUAUCAGAAAAGAGAGAUGUAGCAGUCAGAAGUUCUGGAGGGAAAACUGUUGUGUCAAUUAGAGAACUAUCUUUGAAGGAUGGGAAGGCCAUUCCUACACCUACAUGCCUAGGCAUUAGCUUAUAUCCUGACCAAUGGUCGAUUUUCAAGAAAAGCAUCCCUGCAAUUGAAGAAGCCAUAACCAAGGUUGAAUCAAGACUAAGAUCUGAACUUCAAGUUAAACAAACUGAUGAUAGGCACGGUAUAAAAUUACGGCAUAGACCUAGACUUGUGGCCAGUAGAGAACGAGCUGUUGAUAGAUCUGCUGUAGCUUCUUCACCCCAAAGACUUGUACCUAUUGAAAUUAUUCGUUUUGAUGGAAAGAAUUAUCAGCAAUGGUCAUUUCGGAUGGAGUCAUACCUGGACCAAUUGAAGGUCGGAUAUGUGCUUUCUGAAUCAUGCCCUAGUGCCGUGGGAGUUGAAGACCGGGAACUGGCUCAGACCUUAUCUGCUGCAGAAAAGUGGGUAGAUGAUGACCAUAUAUGUCGUCAAAACAUUUUAAAUUCCUUAUGCGACAACCUGUAUGGGCAUUACUCAAAGAAAUCAGGCACUGCUAAAGAUGUUUGGGAAGAACUCAAGCUUACCUAUCUUCAUGAAGAGCAUGGAGCAAAAGUUUCUCUUGUAAAAAAGUAUAUUGAAUUUCAAAUAGUUGAAGAAAAACCCGUCUUCGAGCAAGUUCAUGAGUUCCAUCAGAUUGCAGAUGCACUUAUUGCUUCUGGUAUGUACGUUGAGGAGAAGUUCCAUGUCAAUGUCAUCAUUUCCAAGCUUCCCCCGUCUUGGAAACCUAACAUGAUCGAGUUGAUGAAGGAAGACUACUUACCUGUUUGGAUGUUGAUGAACCAUCUAAAAGCAGAAGAGGAAUCUCGUCAUAAAGGCAACAUGUGUGACACUCCUCGUGUUUCUCGGUCUGAUUUGCCGCCUGUCUUUCAGCCGAAUAAGAGAUUUGGACCCCAAAGGAUACCUAUGAAGAAGCCUGGUGUUGCUCAUGGAAAUUAUGAACCAGACCGAGAUAGGAAGGUUAAAUUCUGUAGCAAUUGUAAGAAAAAAGGGCAUAACCUGGACCAGUGCUGGUUCCUCAAAGCCGAAGGGAAGGAUACUUCAAAUGAGAAGGACAGUGUUGCAUCUGCAAAUGCAGCUGGGGCAGACACAGAUGUAACUGCACGCGAUAGUACAGGUUUGGCACCGGCUCUCCCCUUAACCUAAUUUCUCUUUUAAAAUAUACUUGUCUUAGAACAUCAUGUCACAUUCGGAUAUUGCGGAUGAGAGGACUAGUAGAAGGUUUUUACUGUUCUACUGUAUAUUGCUUGGGAAUAUGUUCAACGGCGGAUCCAACAUUUUUAUACUAGGUGGGCCGAAAACCAAUGUAAAAAUAUCCUAAAAGGACGGGGAGGAAUAUGAUGUGGUGAUCUUGGACCAUCAUAUAGUUUGCUAGUUUUUGGCAGGUCUUGGUGGAUUGUAAUUUUUUUCGGUAGAUCAGUAAUUUCACAAGAAGCCAUGUAGAUAGCAAGAUUUAUUAUUAUUAUUUCAUUAAUACAUGUAGCUAAUACAUGAUCAAUUUAUAA